AUGUCAGCUGAGAGUCAGACAGUACCAUUUCCAAUCAAACCACUCACAGUUCACUUGAUGUGUCAUUCACAUUGUGAUGCUGGAUGGUUAAGAACAAUCAAUGAUUAUUAUCGAUAUGAUGUAUCAGAUAUCCUUUACACUGUUACACAAGCAGUUAACAAUGGUACACUUCGAAAGUUCUCUUGGUCAGACAUUGGUUUCUUGGAUCUUUGGUGGCAGGAUCAAUCAGAUGAUACAAAGAAUAUCUUUACCAGAUUGGUCAAGGAAGGAAGGAUUGAAUUUGUCAAUGGAGGAUAUGUUAUGAGUGAUGAGGCAUGUACCUCUGCCGAAGCCUUCAUCAACAACCUCCAAGAGGGCAACAAAUUCAUUAUUCAACACUUUGGAGAGCAGUACAUUGCAAAGAAUGCAUGGCAAAUAGAUCCAUUUGGACACGCUGCCAAGACUCCAGCAUUGUUCUCUUAUGCCAAUUAUGAGAAUAUUAUAUUGCACAGGAUUGAUGAACGUAUUCGUGAUGAUCUUGGCGCAAGCAAGGAUAUGGAAUUCAUCUGGCGUGGUUCAGAUGGUAUCAACUCUGAGUUGUUUGCACAUGUACUUGAUCAAUCUUAUUAUCAACAAUUUGGUGUUGAUAUCAAUAGUGCAUAUUCAAGUUUGGAAACUAUGAUACAUGAUACCGUAUGGAUGUCCGAGAUGAAGCGUGAUCACUACCGUUCGCCCCAUGUACUCCUGACCAUUGGCACUGACUUUGGAUUCCGUAAUGCCAUCAAUGCAUUCAAUUCCAUGGAUAAAUUGAUUGAUUACUUUAAUCAACAUUACUCUCAGUAUGGAUAUACUGUGAAGUAUAGCACUCUUGGAGAGUACUUCAGGGAUGUCAGACAAUGGUAUCAACAGACUCGCACACCAAUCAAGCAUUUGUAUCAAACAUAUGAUUUGAUGCCUUAUUAUGAGAACAGGGGUGCAUCAUGGGUAGGAUACUACUCCAACAGACCUGAGCAGAAGGAGAUGAGUCGUCAUGCUGACAACCUAUUGAGGAUGGCCAAGAUAUUCCAUGCCCUCCAGCCCACCCACUUCAUUGACAAGGAGCCCUUGGACAGAGCUCAAAAGAACUGCUCAUUCAUGAUGCAUCAUGAUGCCAUCACUGGAACAAGUAGAUCACCUGUUAAUGUGGAUUAUCAUUCGAGAAUGGCCGAUGCCAUGAGUUUGUCGAUUGGAUCACUCAAGAAGUCAAUUCAACAAUUUACUCAUGUUCCUGUGACUGAUGGACCAGUUGUAGUUGUAGACCCAUACACAUUCACACCAGUCAUCAUACUCAAUUCCCAAUCCUCGCCAAGACUUGAGGUACACACCAUCCGUGUUGUAUCGAUCAAAGGUGGCGACACAUGUCCCUUGGCAGUAUUCUAUAUCUCAAAGCAAUUGACCAUUGACUGUGUAAAGGUUGCAGAUUUACCCGAUGGUGCAUUAUAUGAUAUAUCAUUCUUGCCAAGUAUCCCUGUGUUUGGAUACCAUACAUAUCACUUUGGAUUGACAAACAACCCUGGUCCACUCUUAAGACCAUCUGGAUCUCAGCUACACACCCUCACCAACAACCUAUUCACACUUCAUUUCUCCAGUGGCCCUGGAGCCUCCAACUUGCUUGAGUCCAUUGAUAUCCAUGGCCAGUCCAUCGCGCUCAACCAAAAGUUGAUCGAGUACACAAUGGGAUGGAGAACAGGUGCAUAUAUUAUGACUACUGAUCAGCUUAUUCAGAUCAGUGACCCGGCAAAGUAUGAGGUCACAUUGGGCAAUCUUAGAAAGAUGGUCAGAGUUGGAUACAAGGAUGGCAAUGAGGUGAUGAUCACAAUGUAUACAACAGGAUAUGCUAGUAUUGAUCAGUACAUCGAUAUUGAGUACACUAUCACUGGUGUGGAUGGUAUUGAGAACAUGGUACGAUUUGAAACAUCGAUCAAUAGUUCAAUACUAUACACUGAUGAUGGCUAUGAGACCAAGAAGCGUCCAAUCCAAAGUCCAAGGAGCUCGGUCGAACUAUCCGUCUUCCCAUCAGUCCACAUGUCCUACCUCAAGGAUGACUCCACAUCCGAGACAUUCAUUUGUUAUGGAGAUAGAAGCAAGGGUGUUACAUCACCAAGGGUUGGAACGAUGGAUAUGAUGUUACAUAGGAGUCCUAAUAGUGAUGAUGGAUGCGGAUUGGAUGUAUAUCCAAUUGAUCAUACAACAAUCACUGUUAAGCAUCGUUGUAAGAUUGAAACAUACCAGAAUGUCCAAGAAAAGUCCAUCAAAGAAUCCAGACAGUUCAAUAGUCCCAACCCAUACUUCCAACUUCCACCAGUCCAAGCACUCUCAGAGUUCAACUUUAACUAUGCUGGAUUAACCGCUGACCUUGGAAGUGUCAACAUCAUGUCAUUGGAGAGAUUGAAUGAGAAUGAUUAUUUGGUUCGUUUGGAGAAUCUUAAGGAGACUGGAUCACCUGUUGUCAUUGACAUCUCAAGACUAUUCAAUCGUUUCUCACCAAUAUCAUCAUAUCAAGAGACAUUCGUUCAUGGAUAUGGUGCUGGAUACAUUGAUAUCAACACAAAGAAGAAUGAAUGUAUGAGUACAUUCAAUUGUUCACAUGAAUCGAUUAGAGUCCAGAAUCAAGAUAAGAAGGCAUACACAGUUCCAAAUCCAUUGUCACCAGAUACCAUCCGUGUAGGUCAAGAUGGUAAAGUAACAUUGAAUCCAUUGGAGAUCAAGACAAUCAUAUUCACCUAUCAUAACCCUGGAAUGAUGUGA